AUGAAAAAAACGUCUAGUCUUCCUUUCGAUCCAGCAGAUUUGGCAAAAGAAGCAUCACUUCUUCCGCCACUUCCUGAGGAUAAUCAAGACGAGUUCAGCGAACUGCGAAUAAUGCUCAUCGGGAUUGAAGAAGAAGAUCUUCUCGACGUCCUUACAAAUCACGAGAUCACUGCCGAAACAAUACCCUUCGUGACUGAAAAAGAUCUGAAAAGAAUGAACAUCGCUAAUGCUUCGGAAAUAUCCAAGAAACUCGAAGUCUUUCGAGAAGAAAAACAUAGAGAGCUGUCAGAAAACAAAAAGCUGCUCUUCGGCGAGUUCUCGACUACAUUUACCGAGUCAGAUAAGAAUAUAAUAGCAGCCAAUUCUACAGAGCACUUGAAAUAUCUCGCUGGGACAGUUACAAUGAUUAGUUUUAGAAUGAAAACACGAUCCGCAAAGAAUAAGACCAAGGCCACAUUGGCGCCGAAAGACAAGAACCGACCAGCACGAAAGACAGCUAAGACAGCCCUGCCGAACCCGGCGGCUCCUCCGCUCCGGCUCACGCGAAGAACAGCGAAGAAUAUGAAGUUGAAUCAAGGGAGUCAAAACGAAAUGAAAACGAAAAGAAAGCCGAUGAAAAAGACAAUGGACGAGAACGCCCCCGCGAUCAUCGAAAUUCCUUCCCCAUCCGAAGAAAAUAAGAAUCCUCUCGUCUCCGACCUCGACAAAGCGGAAUGCUCUGCUGCGGAAAUCCUGCAAUCUGCAAACAACAACGACAAAGAUGAGUCCCGUCAGAGUUCUUGGAUCGAACCCCCUUCCAUCUUCCCAAACGAUGUCUGGGAAUUUCUUGCCGAUGACUUCGAGUUCCCCAACCCCCAGCUCUGA